CUCAUUAAUAACAACGUAAUCGUAGGCUUGGCAACGGUAACUAUGUACGUAACACCAAUACGACAGCAAAUUGAUUUAGAGAUUCCUACAUUUACGAAAAUGAGUCGUUCUUUUAAGAAUCCCGCUCUAAAAGAUCACAAAGAUAUGGAGCUGAAUGAAGAAUGGACGAACUUCAUGAAAAGAAUAGGAGAAGUUUCAGGUCUGGUAAAAGAUCUCGCCAGUGGUGAUAAGGACAAAGCAGACGCGGCCAAGAUUCUGGCUGAUCGAUAUCUAGAAGGCAAAGAUAUCAAUGUUGACGAUGUGAAAAUGACAGUCAAACAUGAUCGCACUGUGAUAAACCAGAAGGCUUUUAAAUCUCUCGAGAAAAAUGACACGGGUGAACUCGACAAGGAUGCAUGGAUGGCCGAAGUGAGCAAAGAUGCAGAACGGCGAGCGUUGGACCGGAAAAUUCGUCACGAAAAAGCUGAUACAUUAAAGACACAAGCAAUCAAAGCAUUCCGUCGGCAAGAAUACGAAAAGGCUCUGUCUUGCUACAACAAAGCUAUAGAACAGGUCAAAGACAAUCCAAUGUUUUACUGCGACAGAGCAUUGACGAACAUCAAACUUGGAAACUAUCAGAAGGUCUUUAAUGACUGUGAAUGGGCACUACGACUCAAUGAAAAGAGCUUUAAAGCUCGCUUGUACAAGGCAAAAGCGCACAAGGAGUUAGAAGAGUUUGACAAACUGGAAGAAUGUAAAAAAGAACUGUACGAAAUAUUCCCACAACAUGACGACCUCAUUAAAUAUUUUCUGAAUAAAGAGGAGGGAAUGUUUGAAGAUGAAUCACAGGAUAUAUAAUUUUGUGAUAAAUAUUUUUAAAUAUAUAUGUUGAUUUUCAUUCAAUACGCCAUCUGUUAAUAUCUCAUAGUAACCAAUAUACCAUUAUCGGAGAUAGUAACACGAUACACAUAUCCUUUACAUAUCUUGUAAUGAUUUUUUAAUAGAUAAGAUAUAGGAACAUGAUGAAAAUACUAUGUUUACUUUUAGGAAAUAUAUCCAUUAAUGCUUAUUGGGAAUUGACAACACGCGAAAACACAAAAUCAUGCGGUCUCACCCCGCCGCCCGCUAAAAC